AUGGAAUUUGAAGUUGUGGAAGUGGAAGGAAUGGACAAUUCGGUGAUACAGGAGAACAUUCGCCAGCUCGACAUUCAAAAGAAGCAGCUAGAGAAAUCUUUAAGCAUUGAGGAGUUGCGCCAGCUAGCCACAAUUCGUAUCACUACGUUGGAAAACAUUAAGCUGGAAAACCCGUACAUCGUUUGCUCGAGUCCGAAAUGUGUUGGCUAUGAGACGAUCAACGGGACAGUGGCCCCGGUUUAUCGACAAGUUUGUCAUGAAGAGUAUCCAUCUGUACACCCGGAAAAUGAGGCCGAGCUAGCGUUGCAUGCCGCUUUCAAAACUGGAAACCUCUGCAAAAAGUGUGGUUGUGGCGCAGAAGCUCAUCAACGAAUUAUCUAUCAACAAAAACUUAAAGUGGUGCCGGUUGCCAACCCACAAAAAUUCCUUGAAAAUGAGACCAACGCGGAUAAAUUGAAGAAACGAUUGGUUGAGAAAGUAGACGCACUCAGACAUGCCUAUAGCAAAGAGCUGGAUUAUACGCUGUUUGGAAUGGCAGUAUUUUCUUUAUUUCUCACUAGAAAUGCAAUUACAACGAGUGCAAAGGCGAAUAUUUUCAAACAAAGGCUUGAAAAGUUGCUCAGUAUCGAGCUUGCGAAGGUGUCUCGGGCUGACAGGACCAGGUCAAUUUUACACGCUGACAGGACCAGGUACGAUCAACUGGUUGAACUGCUCCUUGUCUAUUUGAUGGUGUAUGAGAAACAACAGGAAAUGUUCCAACACACUACAAUUGAAGAGUUGCAAAACAUUCGACAAAAACUGUUCACCAUGAGCCAUUUCGGCUCAAAAAUUGGCAAGGUUUUCGCCAUAAACGUCGACGUUGAUCAUCAGAAUUUUGCUGCCGAAGUCGUUCCUUGCAAUAGAUCGAUAAAACAGUGGGCUUUUCUUGGCCGGAAGCAGGUUUUGAAAGCUUUUUGGAAUUAUCACUUU